UCCAUGGGGCAGACGAAUGAAUGAAAGUCCAGAGGAUCAUUGAGUGAGAUUAAUAGAUUAUUGCAGCAUAAAAUAAUACUAAUAAUGAUAAUAAUGAGUCAAUGGAUUAAGAGAGAGGAUUACAGAUGGUGAUUGUAGUGAGAAAGUAAAGAAGAUCCAGCUGAUUCAAGAUUGAAAAGAAAGCAUCUAAGGAGGAAAUAAAAACACACAGAAGCAGCCAGGAGUCAGGAGGAACUAUCAAGUGUCUUCCUCCACAGUCUGAGUACUGCUUCUCUUCAUCCUCCCCAUCGUCAUCAUCAUCAACCUCCACCUACAGGCCUGGUGGUGAGUCAGGUGGGAGACAUGUCGACCCUGCGCUUUGGACAGCACCUCAUCAAGGCCUCCUCUGUGUUCCUGCAGACUGAGCUGACCUUUGCUCUGGUCAACAGGAAGCCAGUGGUGCCCGGACACGUGUUGGUGUGUCCUCUGAGACCGGUGGAGCGUUUUCGAGAUCUUCAGCCAGAUGAAGUGGCAGAUUUAUUCAGCACCACACAGAGAGUCUCCAACCUGGUGGAGAGGCACUUCAACGCCACCUCUAUCACCAUCGCCAUCCAGGACGGCCCUGAAGCCGGACAGACCGUGAAGCAUGUCCACGUCCAUGUGCUGCCCAGGAAGGCCGGUGACUUUAAGCGUAAUGACAGCGUGUAUGAUGAGCUCCAGAAACACGACCGAGAGGAUGAGGACAGUCCAUCCAUGUGGAGGUCAGAGGAAGAGAUGGCGGCGGAAGCUUCAGACCUGAGGAAACAGCUUGAGAAGUCCUAAACUCAAUACAGGUCAAGGGUCAGGUCUGCAGAGACUAGACCUGGACCUGAAAUCACUGUAAUAUUAACUUUUAU